AUGAAUAAAAUUAUUGUUUAUGAAGAGGAAGACUUUGAGGGGUUCAGGAAAGAAUUCACUUGCAGUGUUCCUGACCUACGUAGUGUAGACUUUGGGGACUGCAUUUCUUCCCUUAAGGUGAUUGGACAACCUUGGCUGGUCUUCCGUGAUCCCAACUAUAAAGGUGUGGGUUUUGCGUAUGAAGAAGGUGAACAUAAGCACAUCCAGUUAAACAAUAACAUUUCUUCUAUCCAACUAGUCACUGAGGACUUGGAAGAUCCUCAGAUCACACUUUAUGAGCACCCUAACUAUGAAGGGAUAAGCAAAGUGAUAAAAGAGGAAACCAACCUAAGUUAUGGGUAUUUCAAUGACAAGGCGUCUUCCCAUAUUGUCCAGAAAGGUGCCUGGCUCCUCUAUGAACAUCCAAGGAGAGGUGGUUGGUACUAUAUAGCUCGAGAAGGAACGAAGCUUGAUAACUAUGGCCCUUUGUAUCAUUUCCAUGAUAAGUGUUCCCACGUGUAUCCCCUUAAAAGUGGCCGGCCUGUUAUCACUAGCAGGAUCUUAUGGGACCGCAUGAACUUGGAGAGUGAGAGGGAUGUGAUGAUUGAUGAGAUAAAUUGUAUCAACACCACGGAAACAGAGCAGACAUUCACCACCACCAGCAGUCGAACCUAUGAAAUGUUCACAAGCCACAGCUUCAAAUUAGCAGUCCCUACCCUUCAAAUAAAUGAGAGUUUCAAUUUAAGCAUAGAUCCGAGCACCAACCUGACAGUAGAAAAAGGAAAGAUUGACUCUUUUACUACUGUAAACAAAGUCGAGGUGACCAUGCCAGCCAAGGUCCCCAAAAAAUCAGAAUUGAACAUCCAGGUGAUCAUGAAGGUAGUCACGGCCUCUGUUCCUGUGGAGCUGAUCAUCACCAAUAAUGGUAAAUCAAGGACGGAAAAUGGGCAGUAUCAUAGUGUGUCAGGACGCAACAUCACCACCAAAUACAGCAUGAAAUCAGUGAAAAAUUAA